CGGACUGUGUGCGGAGAGGAUCGUGUUAUACAUUCCUCCGCAGGUUUAGAAGAUGGACUCUCGGUUUAAAAGGGGCCAGUGGUCCUCCCAGUCUCUCAGAGUGACGGCGAAGGAGUUGUCUCUUGUAAAGCCGAAGAAUUCUGCUAUCAUGGAGCGAUUUUCCAGAUAUCAGAAAGCUGCAGAGGAAUCCAGUCUAGAAAAGAAAAGACCUAACAUAGAGGCACUUCCUUCCAAUUUUAACCGGGGCUCCCUAAGCGUGUUGAAGAAAAAGUGGGAGACUCCGGCUCCUGCCGCUCGGACAGAAGUCACGCGCAGUGGCAGCUUUGUGCUGAGGCAAAGGGUCAGCAGUACUAAGGCGGAAACUGCCCCUGCUAACCAGCCUGAAGGCAGCCCCACCAAGUUCCGCUCACCCCUGAAGGAACAAAGCAGCUUCCGAUACCCCACUGCCACAGAGCUCCAGUCUAAGCCCACCGGGGUGCAAACCAUGGAGCAAGACCUGGAGACUGCCAAGCUGGACACCCCGGAGCCUUCUCCAAAGAUUGAAAAAUACCAUGUUCCAUUGAACAGUCUGAAGAUGAUGUUUGAGAAAGGUGAAGCUGCCAAUAAUAAGCAUCCACAACGUGAGCCCGGGAAACUUAACGUCGGAAGACUUGGUUCUGAAAACUACAUUUGCGUUGAGGAAUCCGAUGUCUCCAUCACUGAGAAGAUCUGUUCUCCUGACAGCCCCAGUAAACUUGCUUCUCAGAAAAGCCUAGAAAUUUCUCAUGUCCUGGAGACCAGUUCUUUAAAGGAAAGGAUGGCCAAGUAUCAAGCUGCUCUGACAAAGCAGUCCAAGCCUGUCUCCCCCAUGAAUGAUGUGAAAGGGAUUUGCAAUGAUAUGAUAAACCAAAAAGAGAAUGUCCCACCAAGUCCUGGCCUUUCCAGUUCCUCUCUUGAUAGUGAAAAGAGAUCUGUGACUGAGAGUGUGCCUAUUACUCCUCCAAGGAGAGUGUCCGAGAGUAAUGGUAAACUGGAGGAAGAGCUGCAGAGGCCCAGCACCUCUCCUGGCUACAACCCACAAACAAGAGCAUUAAACCAGAUGGAGACCUCCCCUCCUAAAGUUACAAAGAAGUUUCAGCUGCCAGCGCGUGAGGUCUGUUUUGGGUGUCAGAAGACUGUCUACCCCAUGGAGCGGCUCUUUGCCAACCAACAAGUGUAUCAUAACGGCUGCUUCCGCUGCCAUCACUGUUCCACCAAGCUCAGUCUUGGCAAUUAUGCCUCUCUACAUGGAAAUGCUUAUUGCAAGCCUCACUUCAACCAACUGUUCAAAUCUAAGGGAAACUACGAUGAAGGUUUUGGGCACAAACCUCAUAAAGAUCUGUGGGAGGGCAAGAAAGAUGUCACCGAAAAUCAAGACGAUGUUAUCAAAGCCACAGAGGCCAAUGCAGAACCCAGCAGUCCAGUUGUCGAAGAUGCUCCUAUUGCAAAGGUUGGUGUUCUGGCAGCAUCCAUGGAAGCCAAAACCACUAAUGCUUCAUUUGAGCGGGAAAAACAGGUAGAAACAAAGAAGCUGAGAUUUGCUUGGCCACCUCCUGCUGAAUCCACCAACUCGGCAAAUGCCCUUGAGGAAAACCUUAAAGUCUUCAAACCUAAAUGGCCACCAAGUGAUGAAAUUCUAAAACCUGAAAGUGAGGAAGACACGGAUUUGAAGAAGCUAAGAAGAAGUUCGUCUCUAAAAGAACGAAGCCGCCCAUUCACACUAAGUGUGGCAAAGCCGGUGGUCACUGGCACCACAAAACCGCCUCAAUCUCCUGUACUGAGAAAGCGCAACUCCUAUCUAAGGGAUGAUUCUGAAGAUGAAACUGAAGAAAAGAAAUCUGUAACUAUGAAAAUUAAGUCCCCACAAGUCGAGCUUGAGACCAGCGAAGACAAGUUACCUAUUGAAACUGAAGACAAGGAAGAAUCCCCGACCAGAUCAAAUGAGCAGAGCUUCUUAGAAAAUGGGGAAAUUUCUGAAGCGGAGGUUUCUGAACAGCAACUCUCCCCUGAGGAAUCCACCCAUUCUAAACAUUCAAGUACAGAGGAUCUGGUCAUGACCAAGGAUAUAUCUCCAGCACAGAACCGCAAGUCUCAAGAUAUUGGCUACUGGGAAGGCGAAGAUGUGGAAGAACUAAGUGUAGAAGAACAGAUCAAGAGAAAUCGUUAUUAUGAUAAUGAUGAUAAUGAUGAAGAUGAUUGAUACUGCACCUUUCACAAGGUUUCAAUGCUGUAUGUGGAUCAGCCUUAAAUUGAUAGCUACCCCAGUCAAAGUGACCCUCUGUAUGUAGUGUAAAAUUGUUCCUUUUUAAAACCCUCUUGAUGUUUUAAAGUCCACCGUAUGUAUUAUGAAUGUUAAAAAAAAAAUCAUCUUUUGGCAGGAAAAAAAUUAAGUUUUAUAGCAAUGCACC